GGGGCGCCGGAAGGCGGAAGCGGAGAAUGGCGGCGGGUGCGGGCGGGCUGGUGGCCGUGGUCGCGCUGCUGUUGGCGUUGGUCGGGCCGCGCCCGGCGCCCGCCGAGCUCACAGACGGCAACAGCGAGCACCUGAAGCGGGAGCACUCGCUCAUGAAGCCAUAUCAGGGCGCGGGCUCUGCCGCGAUGCCGCUGUGGGACUUCCAGGGCAGCACCAUGGUCACCAGCCAGUACGUCCGCCUGACGCCCGACGAGCGCAGUCGAGAGGGCUCCAUCUGGAACCGCGUGCCCUGCUUCCUCAAGGACUGGGAGCUCCACGUCCAUUUCAAGAUCCACGGAGCCGGCAAGAAGAACCUGCACGGGGAUGGGCUGGCGCUGUGGUACACGCAGGAUCGGCUGGUGCCAGGUCCUGUCUUUGGCAGCAAGGACAAGUUUCAUGGACUGGCUAUUUUCCUUGACACGUAUCCCAACGAUGAAGCCACGGAGCGGGUGUUCCCCUACAUCUCGGCCAUGGUCAACAACGGGUCCCUGACGUACGACCACAGCAAGGACGGGCGCUGGACGGAGCUGGCCGGGUGUUCCGCUGACCUGCGCAACCAGAACCACGACACCUUCCUGGCGAUCCGGUACUCCCGGGGCCGGCUCACGGUGAUGACUGAUGUGGAAGACAAGAAUGAAUGGAAGAACUGCAUCGACAUUGCAGGAGUGCAGCUGCCAACUGGAUACUUCUUUGGUGCUUCUGCUGGCACUGGAGAUCUGUCUGACAAUCACGACGUUAUCUCGAUGAAGCUGUUCCAGCUCAUGGUGGAGCACCCUGUAGAAGAUGAGACAGUUGACUGGACCAAGAUCGAGCCAAGGGUCAGCCUCCUUAAGUCCCCCAAAGACAAUGUGGAUGACCCGACGGGAAAUUUCCGGAGUGGGCCCCUGACGGGCUGGAAGGUGUUCCUGCUCCUGCUCUGUGCACUGCUGGGCAUCAUCAUCUGUGCCGUGGUGGGAGCCGUGGUCUUCCAGAAGCGCCAGGAGCGGAACAAGCGUUUCUACUAAAGGAACACCUGUGCCCAAACCCAUCUUUUCUAUGGGGAGCUGUAAAAACUGUGGUUUCUAAACGCUGUUUCUGAGAAAUACCAGAAGUAUUUUCUUACCUGUCUGUAAGUUUGGCUGUAACCCCCGCCCGGCCCUUGGCCUCCAGCAGAUUGGACCAAGGGGGGGUGAUGCCCUCUGGACCCCCAGAGCUGUGGUGUGGGAGCCUGGAGGUUGCUCCCCAGUUUUUUCCAGUGCUCCCCCUCCCAGCUGGGACCUGCUGUGCUGCCUGGGGCAGGUGUGAACAUGAGGUGAGGGUCUGUGGGGAGGGGGCUGUGAGUGGGGCAUUAAAGGACUGACACCA